CAUCAAAGACAAAUGGAAGAGACCAAAUCCAGGUUCAAGCGAAUUUGCGUGUUCUGUGGGAGCAGUUCGGGGAAAAAAGCUAGCUAUCAAGAAGCUGCUGUAGAACUUGGCAAGGAGCUGGUUGAGAGAAGGAUUGAUUUGGUCUACGGAGGUGGUAGCGUGGGGCUAAUGGGUCUCGUUUCUCAGGCAGUUCAUGAUGGUGGGCGCCAUGUUCUAGGGGUUAUCCCGACAUGUCUCAUGCCAAGAGAGAUAACGGGUGAUCCUAUUGGGGAAGUGAGAGCCGUAUCUAAUAUGCAUCAAAGGAAAGCCGAGAUGGCCCGUCAAGCCAAUGCCUUCAUUGCCCUCCCUGGAGGAUAUGGAACCCUUGAAGAAUUGCUGGAAGUAAUUACAUGGGCUCAGCUUGGGAUCCACAGCAAACCUGUGGGGCUGUUGAAUGUGGAUGGAUUUUACAAUUCCUUGUUGUCUUUCAUUGACAAGGCCGUUGAUGAAGGCUUUAUUUCCCCCACGGCACGUCGCAUUAUCGUGUCAGCACCCACAGCCAAACAAUUGAUGCUAGAACUAGAGGAACAUGUUACUGAGCAAGAUGAGUUUGCAUCCAAGUUGGUGUGGGAAGACAGACUAAAUUAUGUGCCUGAAUCAGAAGUUGCCAUGUGA